AUGCUUAACAAGUUCCUCAACGGCAAAUUUGACUUUCUCGCCGCCCUGCUUAUCUUCGAAGUAGGAUCUGCAGUAAUUGGCUCAGCCUCGUCUAUUGGCGCUGUCAUCGUGGGUGGCGCUCUGGCUGGCUCCGGUGGCUCCGGCAUCUACGUCGGCACCAUUAGCAUGAUCACCGGAAUGACGACUCCCAAAGAACAAAACCAAUAUCUCAACUUUGUCGGCAUGGCGUGGAGCUUGGGAACCAUCCUUGGCCCCAUUAUUGGAACUGCGUUUGCUGAUUCGCCUGUCACAUGGAGAUGGGCUUUUUAUAUCAACAUCUGCGUUGCCGCCGUUGCCGCCCCCGCGUGUAUCUGGAUCAUGCCUUCGGCGCCACCUAGUGUGCCUCUGGGAUUCAUGGACGUGAUUAAGGCAUUUGACCAUCUGGGUGCUGCGCUUUUUCUUGGCUCUGUCGUAUCGACAGUCAUGCUGCUGGGUUUUGGCGGCGUUGUGUACAGCUGGGGUAGCAGCCAGAUGAUUGGACUUUACGUUGCCACUGCUCUGUUAUGGAUCAUAUUUGCUCUGCAGCAGAAAUUCCACCUUCUUACAUCGGAUCACAUCUUCCCCGUGCAGUUCUUCAAGGACCCCUUGGCGAUCGGCCUGUGGAUCUGGACGAUUGCCGCCAUUUCUGACAUCGACGUCGCCAUCUACACGCUUCCGCUGUUUUUCCAGUUUGUGCUGCAUGAUUCUUCGAUGCGUUCUGCGGUAUACACACUGCCAUUUGUGGCAUCUGUUGUGGUCAGUGCCGGCAUCAGCGGGGGACUUCUGCCCAAGAUCCCGUGGUACAAGUGCUGCAUCCACACGCACACAUCUCAGGCUGCCAUUUGUGGCUAUACCAUUAUCCAAGGCUUCGGCGUCGGACCAGUCAUUCAGCUUGGCUACACCGUGGGCCAGUUGAAGCGCCCCCAGGCGGCACGAAAGAACGUUACGGCGUUCUUCUCUUGUGCGCAGAUGGGUGGUCUCGCCUUGUCACUGGGCAUCGCCAUGUCUGUUCUUAUCAACCAUGCCACGGAGGAGAUAUCGUCCCUUUCACCAAAUGUUGCUCUUAGCGAGAUCAGAGGCGCCAUUGAUGGAGCGGGAAGUAGCUUGUUUGCGUCGUUGAGCGAACAGGUUCGGGCUAAGGUCACCAACGCAGUAACGCAGAGUGUGGCCUCUGUGUUUUAUUUGAUUUUGUUUGGUGCAGCGCUUGGCUUUCUCAUUGCCCUUCCUCUCAAAUUUGAGAAGCUGGAUUUCACCGAGCUGCAGUAA